AUGGAAAGCUCAAAUUCCUCUUAGCUUAAUAAAAAUAUUAGAAAGAAUACCAAACCAAGAAACAUUUUGAUUACAUAAUGUGUGAAAUUAGAUUUAAAUAGCAGCAGUGAUUUAUCAUUAAAGUUACCUUCGAUAAACUCAAACUAUGAUAACUUAGAUAACCUUCAAAUGGCUUCAAGAUAUAACAGCUCAGCUUCAAAUAUCAACUCAACUAAUAAUGGAUUUGGAAACUUUAUUCAUUUAUUCAAAAAAAACUUUAGCACAACUAAAUAUGUUCAUACUAAACCUUCACAUAGAACAAAUAAUAGUCUUCAAAGUAUAGAGUAAGCUAGAGUUACAGGAUUUAAAAAAAUAAAUGAAUCGAUUCCUCCAAGAGUUACAAGACUUCUUCAUGCUAUUGAAGAUAGAGAUGCCAAAUAAAGUAGACAAAUACUGACUAAAUUCACAAAUAAAAAUGAAGAAAAGGAAUAUGUUAUGCCAAGACAAUUUAAUUUAGAUUCUUUUAAGCUAGUUAGAAGUGAUAAAAAUAUACCAAAAAUUAAAAAUCUUAUGUGUCAUUUCAUUAACUCUCACAAGAAGUAUUUUAAUAAAGAAGUUGUUAAGCUACCACAUUAUGAAAAAUCAGCACCAUUCCACAUUGAAACCAUGUAAUUUGCAGAUAAUUAUUUGGAUGAUCAAAAACUAAUCAAAAAGAAUUUUAAUUACGAUGAAGAAAAUUUACAAAGAAAUAAUUUGGUGCUAGAAAAGGUAUUACUAGAAAGGUUAAUAAAACAUGAAAAAAAUAUUCCAGACAGACCAGAUUUAAACACCUUAUCAAUAAUCACAUAACAUAUAAAUUGA